UUACCAUACACUUGUGAUGCUUGUAACUGUUCGGGUGGCAAUAGUGUAAAAACAAACAUGGGAAAAUAAUUUUAAUUAUUUUUGUACGAAAGCAGUUUGGGGAUUUUUGGAAAGAAAUUUUUGAUUUGAUUAGUGGGACGUUGAGUAUUUUUCAGUUAUUUUUUUAUUUGCUAUCAACUGUGUUCAACAAGUGUCUUUAGAGUACACGUUGGUUGACUGUUCAAAAUAAUGUGUUUAUUGAGAACUUUUGUAAUUUUAUUGUUAGUCAUGAAAAAUAAUUUAUUUUAACAUCAAAAUAGAUGGAAUGUUUUUAUGAUGACAAUUUAUUUACUGUUGAUGCUAAAACUAUUCGUGUAGUAAACCUACAUUUAAAAUUUAGUGUUUGGUGUGCAAAGAAUAAAAUGGAAACCGAGUUUCUUCAAUAUCUGAUUGCUGACAGCAGUGAACCAGCAAUUAUUGCAACUGAAAACAUCUCAAACACGAGCUACGCGGAGCCUGAGUGGGUAUCUGUGCCAGAAGUAUGUCGUAAGGACAUGCUUCACUUGUAUGUGGAUGAGCUUGGUGAGUUGGCUUGUGAGAAAGGAACUGUAGACAGAGCCCAGGUUGGGACCUGUGUUGUGGAGAAAGAACCAAAGGCUGAGUCUGAACAGGUUGAGUGCAAACAGGAAGUUGAGGAUGAGGAAUGUACGUACCUUGAAUUGAAAACGGUACCUAAGGAAGCUUAUCGUCAGAUACACUAUGGGGGAGCGGAUGGUUAUUCAUACGUAAAAAAUGGUCAGAGCUACGUGGAGUCAUACAGGGAUGAGUUUGGAUUUUAUGUGUCAUCAUUGCCAGACUCUUGCAAGGACCCAGCAAUUCCUUUGUCUGAGGACACUGUAUUGAAGUCUGAAGUCGAACAGUAUUGCAGUUUUGAAGGUGAAAGUGGCAGUGAUUCUCAAAGUAGUAAUGUAGGCCUAGAUUUGUGUGAUUCUUUGGUGGAACCACAAGCUAUGAUAGAGAAUAAUGUAGACAAUGUUUCAUUGAUGAAGUUACGUUUGCAUCGUAUAAUUUCAAACUCUGAAAAGAGUAUUGAACAGACUACCAGCAAAUCAGAGGAUAGACUUAACAAAUCUAAAGUUACAACCAGGCCAGUGAAUGUUAGAGUUGAUGUUCCAGUACGAAAGAUGUCUUGUCCAUUGGUGUCGCAAAUAGCAGCGACUAUUCUUGACAAGUGGAAAAAUAUGCGACCUUUGGGUGUGACAGGGCUAGGUGAUCUUCCGAAAAACCCGUCAACCAGUAGAAAAGCCAAGUUAAUCGGCAGGUUGCUUGUUGGCAGGCCCGGCCCGGCCGGCGGGGCCAGGAGGGCGGCGGGGGAGGGGCCGGGGGCGGAGAGGAGCCCGGCCAAGGGGACGAGGGCGGCGCGGGCCCUGGACCGCCGGCGCGAGAGCCAGCUCGCCCUGCAGCAGCUGCAGCAGAUGUCCAAGCCCGCGCCGAAGAGACGCGGCCGUCCCGCAUCCUCCCCGCGCACUGCCCCCUGACGUGGUGUCCUCCGGCCCGGACUCUCACUCGCCGUAGCGCUGUCGCGUGUCCGACGCACCGAGCUCCCUGGCUCGGCUCACGAACCACACUCGCCUCAGUGCUGUGAUUCACUCAGUGUGGUGGAAACAUCUUAUUCGCCGUUGCUGGUCACAUUAAAUUCACUGUCACUGUGCAGCACAGCUUUUUUUUAUUUUUUAAUUUCAGGCUUACCGAAUGGGAAGUGCAUGAUUUGCAGGUUUGUCAAGAGUGCAGACCAUGCACGGUAAUGCAUUUACUUAUUUUACUUACCGUUUUCCUUGAAAAAAUCAGUAUUUUUGGAUGGAAAAAGUUUCCUCGUUCUAUCAAGCUACAGAUUAACAGGUGGUGUUGAUGGUAUCGUUUGGCAUGUUAAGAUGACUUACUAAUGUUUGAAUUAUUGGAAAAAUGUGUUAAAUUUCAGAAUAUAAGACCAUUUCUAUAUAUAUGUUUUAUAGUGUAAGCAGUGUUAUCCAGUAUAUUUUGCUAUAAAAUAUGUUUUGAUGAAAUAAAAAUAUAAUAUUAGCCAA